AGCUUCGAUGCGUACGGUUCGCUACUUCCGAUUUCGCGCGAUUCUGAAACCCGGUUUGGUGCAAUUUAAACUCGCAACGCCUGCGCACUUACCGAUUCCAAAAAUACGACUUUCGGAGUGCUAACCGUUUGGGUUUUUUGACAAAAACAUAAUUGUGAGAAAUAAAAAACUUCCUCUAAUUUAUUUUUGGAUUUACGCAUUUUGGAUUUGAGCGACACAUUUUUUGGCGUAUUAAAGAUUCACGAACAACUCUAUCACGUGCCGAAGCCACAAGUUGUUGAUAAGUCGCUGGGCAAACAAAAAACAACAAACACGACCCGAAGACCCCACAAACCCGUCGAGGAACCAAAAAAAAUAAAAACCGAGAAACAGAAACAAACAAAUCCAAAACUCUUGGCUGGCAUUUCAUUUGGCCGGAUCGCGUUACGUGGAGCGGUUGGUUGAAGUUUUUGGUCGUCUGCCCGCCGAAAAGAAAGUCACACGACAGUAACGACAAAAAAAAAUAAAUAAACGAGAAACGAGAUUUCCAAGAUUCUGCAACGAAAGUCAAAGUUACAAGUUUACUCCAAAUUCGAGUCUUUCGGCCCGGUUCAACGUCUUCCAACUUUCGGGUCUCCAGUCUUCGGUUUUUUGGUGUCUGCCCGCGUGUGUGCCACUUUAGAAAGUGAAAAUCGAGUGCAGUCCGCGGCAUUUUUCUGAAUCAAAAUCAAAAUCCAUCGGCGGCCUUUGGGCGCUGCAGUUGAAAGUGAAUUUUGUUCGGUCUGCAAGUGAUUUUCGAUUUUCGGCCGCUCAAUUCAUCAUUAUCGAUCAGUAGCCCGCGGUUUCUGGCUACUUGAAUCCACUACACUUCACUUCAAUUCACUUCACAUCCAUUGGCAGUUGGGCCCGGUAAAUAAGUUCAGCAGCAAUGGAGGCCGAGGAGGUUACAAAACUCGUCGAUGGAGUGUACAGGAACAUACUGGAUAGAUUCAAUCCGGGUGCCAGGCAACUAAUUGCGGCGGGCAAAAGCUACCUCAAGGCGUUGCACGGUGCCGCAACCGCCUCGCGUCUAUUCAAUGAAGCAUUGGCCAAGAUUGCGAUGAACGCCCAGCAAAGCGGAACGGGCGAUAUUGGUUCGGCUUUGAUGAGCGUCGUGAAUGUCAACAAGGAAAUUCAGGAGCAGCAGAUGAAUAUUCUGAAAGCCUUCUACGUGGAUCUACUGGUGCCAUUGGAGACGAACCUGGAGAAGGACACGAAGGUGGUGCAGCACGAGCAGAAGAAGUUCCUGCAGCAGCACAAGGUGCGAAUGGAGAGCUACCAGAAGGCGGUCUCCACCAUGAAGAAGCAGCGCAAGAAAAAGGCCACGCCCGAAAAUACCGAAAAGGAGUUGAGGAGCCUCCAAUUGCUCGAGGAUCAGAAGAAGAAGCUGGAUGUGUUCUGCGAUCAGAGCUACAAGAAUGCCAUGACACAGGAGCGUCGACGGUACGGAUUCGUCUUGGAGCGCCAGUGCUCGAUCGCCAAGCACUGGAUGGCCUACCACACCACCGGCAAGACGGUAAUUGAUAAUAAUUUCGAAAAUUGGCAAGAGAUUGCCGCUUCUCGUGAGAUCAUUCCCCCGGCCGCCUAUGAGAGUGGCUACAGCAGCAGCAACGGACACAACAACAACAACAACAUCAGCAACAUCAACAACAUCAGCGGCAACUUGCGACGUUUGGAGCGAAUUAAGGACGGGGACGAUGACCACCUGCAGAGCAACGGCUCCCAGCUGAAGAAAUCGCGGAGCAUCGACGCUCCCUACGGAGACAUGCGCACUCUGCACGAGCGGGAGAACCUCUCCGGAAUGGGAAUCUCCGGGCCAUCGCACUAUGCCCAAAACUCACUGCCACGUGCCAAGUCCGACUUCAAUUUGGCUUUGGUGGGCACUGGCCAGAGUUCAGGCAACAAACACAAGAUCCUUGAGGAGCAGCUGGCCAGUUUGGGUGACGAUCAGCGAGGGGAUCAGCGUCCUCUGGUGAAGGCUCUCUAUGCCUACAUGCCGUCGGGGGAGAAUCAGUUGUCCUUCGAGGAGGGCGAUCGCAUUGCUUUGGUGGGCGGCAAGGCGAAGGGGUGGCAAUUCGGUGAGAAUCUGCGAACCCAGCACUUUGGCUGGUUCCCAGUUGCGUACACCAAUGCGGAAGUGGCAGAAACCUCGACCUCCGGUGGCCGGCGAUAUGAGAAUAUGUUGAUGGGUUACGAGCGGAAUGGCGGUGGUUCGGGUUCCGGUUCCGGAGGAGGAGGUGGCCUCCGCAGCUACCAGCAACAGCAGCAGGAUUACGAGGCGCAACUCGAGUUGAUGGAGAGCCAUGAAGCCACUUAUCGGAGGAGAAGGAAUCACUCCGCCGAGGAGUCCUCGCCCACGCGAAUGUUCGGCGACACCAUCAAGCAGCAGAAGAAGUACCGCCCGGGAUCGAACGCCAAUCCCAGACCAGGUCCGCCGCCCACUCUGCCUGCUCCGGUGCCCAAUGGCCAGCAGAGGGAGUCCUCGAGGAUGCUGAACAGCUCGCAGAGCUUCUGCGCCUCCAACGGAGGAGUCACCUCGGCGGUGGAGAGACGCAAGCAAAAGUUAUUGAAUGGCGUGCAGAGCUCCAAGAGCCAUCCUUCUGGCAAAUCAGGGGUGGCUGCCAAAACCUCUUUGCACAGCAGCAAUGACAGUGGCUUCGCCAACGAACCUCCUCCACAACCGGAGGUCGACUAUUCCGAUGAGGAGCCAUCCACACAGCGAGUGCCCAUUCGACGUCGGGCGGAUACGAAUUCGCAUACCCACACGGUGCCCCGGGAUGUGGCAUCCUGGACACUGAACAGGAACUUCCGGAACAGCGUUGAUAGCCAGAUCGACGACAAGAGCCUCAAUCGACUGAGUCGCCAGAGCGGAGGAGUUGGCAAGAUGCGCUACGAUCUGAUUGCCUCCGAUGAUGAGAUCCUGCAGGCAUCGAGUGCUGGCUUGAAGCGCACGAAAUCCUUUUGGAAGUUCGGCGGCGGACGCAGUGGCGAGGAUAUUCUAGCCGGCAUGUCCUUGUGGCAGCAUCGCGAUCUGGUGGCAGCUCCCAAUCUGGAGGAGAUGCGCGAUCGGGAUGAGUUGGAGCGGCGUUCCGACGAGGAUCGCAAUGGCACACUGACAAAGUCGCACAAUUCGAGUUCCUCGCAGGAGAAGCGCGAGCGAAAGGAUAGUAUCACCAGCACGGAAAUUUACGGCGAUGAGGAUGAGAAUAUCUACGGGGUGAGUCCCCAGCAUCCUCCGCAGCAGCAGCAGCAGCAACAACAACAGCAGCAACAUCAGCAGCAGCAGCAGCAGCAACAUAGGAGCAGCUAUACUCCCAAAUCCCGGAUGAAGAUCAUGAAGACCAUUGAGAUCGACAUUGAGGAGCCCACGGAGGCGGAACGGAUGAGCACCAUGCGGCGAGGUCAGUCGCAGGAUCAGCAGCAGACGCAUCGUAAGCUGGACAAACAGCUGUCCGGAUCGGGAUCCCAGCACAAAUCGCAGACGCUGAGUCGCUCGAAGAAUUCGCAACAGCAGCAGCAGCAGCAAUUUCCGCAAUCCACGGACGAAGGUGAAAGCGAUGAGCACGGAACCCUGAAGCUCAGCGAUGUGAACAACUUCUUUGACGAGGGAAAGAACAAUGGACACGGACAUGGACAUGGACAUGGACUGGUUAUGAAGACGGUGAAACGACAGGACAUACUCAAGCAGUACUACACCAGCGAGGACGAGGAGGAGUCCGAUGCGGAGCUCAAGUCGACCAGUUCGGAUCCCUACGAUUGCAUUGUGAUCAACGAUCACUUGGUGCGCAAGGACGACAAGUUGCGAAGGCAUCACCAUCAGCAGCAACAGCAGCAGCAAAUGGAGUUCCACACCUUUCGAUCCUCCACCUCCACCACGGCCACCAAUACGCUGAAGAAGUCCUCCUCGAAGGAUCAGGAUAGCACUCUCACCCGCAACUCAACCGCGAGUUCGGGUGCUCCGACGGCCACGAUCCUGCCGCGAACACGCCUCCUCAAGUCCUCCUCCGCCUCCGCCAGCAACAAUCUGAGCAGCAACAGCCAAACCCUGGAGCGGAACUCGAAGAGUCUAGCCGGAAAUAAGAGCUAUGGUCCAUGGUACGACUUCUGGGAUCAGGAGCAGCACGGCCAGAAGUCAUCAAGUGCCAAGCUCAAGUGAAGUGGGAAAAAGGAUGGUGAAUUGGUAAUAAUAAAGGAUAUAGGCAACAGUUUCGCCGUCUUCUUACCGGUUAAGAAAAUGAGCCGAGAGAGAAAGUGGAGUGGAAAAGUGCAGCUGGGGAAAGGGAUAUAUAAUAUAUAUACUCGUAUGUAAAACCAGGUCCCUGAAUCCCAACCCUUUCCCUCCUUUUUUAGUUAAGCAAUAUUUUACCCUGUACAAUUGCAUAGUUUUAGCCUAAGUCAAGUUCUGUUUUUGUUUGUUUUAUGUACAUAUCUUAUUUUAGUUUCUAAUUUAAACACUUUUGUGUGUGUUGCCAACGCUGAUGAUGAAAAGGGUUUAACCAUUUUUUGUACAUGCCUGAGGAAACUUCAUAGAACAAGGACCUCUCCAUUAAACAUUCUCCCCCUGAUUUGUUUGGUGCCUGCUCGCAUUUCAUUUGAAUUUUGAAUUUUAUUAGUCGAAGUAAUGUGAACGUAAAUUGCUUUUCUAGCAGGCGCGGUAUUUAUCGCAACUAUUCCAUAGACUACUGACCUGUAACGAUUCCGUGUAGUCCAGCUAGCCCCACCAAAUCCCCCCGUACUAGCUUGUUCCCCCAGCCUCCUCCGUAAGUAGAGAUCCCGGAUGGGAUAAGGAUGGGAUCUCAACCGGACAAGUCCUUGAUCUUUUGCAGAGCCUCUCAGUUCGCCACGGUUAAGUUGAGGCACACGAAGACCAACGAUCGAUCCGCCCCGAUGAUCUAUCGGAGUGUGAACAAGUAGCAACGACUGCGGAAGGUGGAGUUCUCCCUGUGACCACGAAGGCUCCAGCCACAAGACACACGACACAUCAAACUCAUCCGCACCGCAACACAAAGCAUCGCAGUCUAUACAAAUCACACGUUCUAUAUAGCGCAUAUACUCGUACAGUUGAAGGCAUUAUCAGUUAGAUCCUCCAGUUGCUCCAAAGCCUGGAUAUUUGGUAGUCAUUAAGUCGUACUGUUUGUUAAACAUUCUGUUUGUAUGUACUUCUAUGUUAAAGUUCGAAAUGUAUAUUCAAAUACCAUAAUGAUUAAUAAACCUUAUAAAGUUUAAAAACUAAAA